AUACGUAGAUCAUUACGUGUAAGACAUAAGAUUCUCUUCUUUUGACAAACGUCUCAGUGACUCAGUCUAUAAAUUUCAUUUAACCCAUUGCGAUAUUCGCUUCUCCAUCUUCAUCGAUAAUCUCUCUAACUUCUUUCUCUCAUCUUCUCGGGGAAAUAUACUCUAUUUUCAGUUCUUUUGAAUCUUUAAAUAUUUGAUUACUUGUGUUAGGACACAAAUUAUCUUUGAAAAAUUCCAAUGUCGGAAGAAUAUGAAGAAUCAGACAUUAUAUUUUCCGAGCAAGCCACGAUCCAAGAGUGUAACCAGAAAACUAGAUUCUCUAACAUCAGAAACGACGAGAAGGGCACAAGGCAGCGUGUGGCUGCGGAGAAAACAUCUCCCAUGAGUAUUCCGGUGAAUAAUUUUGGGCGUACGGAAUGGGAAACGACGGAGGAGGAGGAGGAGGAUAAGACUCCUCCACAUGUGAUAGUCGAAAGAAGGUUGAAAGAGCAAAUAGCGUUUUCCGUUUGUGCCCUUAAAGGAAGAGACCUGAAUCGUCACCGCAACUCCGUUCUUAGGAUGACCGGCUUCUUAGAGGCUUGAUUUAUUUAACCGGCCGGUUCAGUUUGUACUAUUUUAAUCAACUGACCGGUUUUUUCUUUUUUUUUUUUUCUUUUUCUUCGGGUGUGUGAUUGGAUGAAUCCAAGACAUAUAUUGCAAUAGAAUUGUUUUAAUGUGAGUCCAGUUUUUUUUUAAUUACUUUUGUCAAAUUUCAAUUUCGUUACUUCUUUUUUGAACAUUGAUUUGGUUACUUGAGAAGAGGAAAACUUACCAAAUAUAAUGUUUUUAUUAAAUACAUAUAUUAGAUUUUAGGGCAGUGUUUUGAAACCCGAUCCAGACCCGCAGUUGAACCGGUAAACCCGGUGACCCAGAAAAAAUCCGGUUUAGGUUUUGUGAAAAAUCCAAUAUUUAGAAACCCGCAAAAACUCGCAAAAACCCAAUAAACCCGGAACCCGAUACCGGUCGAACCAUCGGUUGAACCAAUAAAUAACUUUAACAUUUUUUUAUUAGUUUUUAAUUAUGUUUUUAGAUUAUGUUUUAUAUUAUAAAUUUUCAGUUAAGAACUUAGGUGGUGAUUAAAAAAAAAGUUAACUUUUCCUUUUUCAGUUUUAUAUUUGUGAUUUUUAGAUUUUGAUGUAGAUUUCACUAUGCCACCUGAAAAAAAUAAAAUGAACGAUGGUAGAGAGAACCAAAAUUAGUUGAUGUGAUUUGGUGUUAGAUUAUUUUCGAUAUUGACAAUUUAUUACAAUGAUCUUUUACAUUUGGUUUAUUUUGUAUUUGAAGUUUAAUUUAUUAUUCACAUUAGACAUUUAAAUAUUUAUAAAUUUUAUGUCUUUAUUUUCUUAGAUGUUAUACAUCUUACCUUGAUAGAGAAAAUUUGAAAUAGUUUAAACUAUUUUUGGAUAUUUUGUAUGUUAAAUGAAAAUAAAAAUAUAAAAAUUAAAGUUAAGUAUUUUCUAAAUGUUUUUAAACAUAAAAUAUAUACAUAUCUAAAUUAUUAUUUUAUGUUUUUAAAAAAUAUGUACAAAAUAUUAAACUUUAGUUUCUAUAUUUUUAUUUACAUAGCUGAUAUAUUAUUAUAUAAUAAAAUUAAUUCAUUUAUUAACCCGCGGUUCAUCCGCGGUUGAUCCAGUGACCCAACAACCCAGUAAGUCGUCCGGUUCAGUAUCCGGGUCGGGUUUAAAAACAUUGUUUUUAUUAAAUACAUAUAUUAGAUUUUAGGGUGGUUUAUUGGUUUAUGCAUUUCGUCUCUGGUCGCAAUUAUAGACAUCAUGCAACUUGCUUGCUAAGCUGAGAUGGAUGUACUUCUUAACAUGAGCGCGUCAACUAUAUGAAUUUUUUUUCUCUGUCAAACAAAAGUAUAUGAUUUUUUUCUGUAAAUUUCCUUACCAACAAAAGUAAUUGAAGUAAUUAGAAUUUCUUAAGAAAAUGUUUGACUUCGCUUCUACUGACCAAUUGCAUAUGUUUUUUAUAUAUAAUUUGAAUAUCAUGUGUGUGAUAAGCUUCUACUGACCAAUUGCAUAUGUUUUUUUUAUAUAUAAUUCGAAUAUCAUGUGUGUGAUGAACUUCAUCGCUAGUGUUCCAAACCAGCCAUUUUAAAAAAAUUCGAGUUUGUAACGAUUUGUAUACUAUUAGUAGUUAUAAAAAAAAAAGUAAUUUAGUCGUUGCAAAAUAUUGUGACAUUUUUUCUAUAAUUAAUAUCUAUGAGGAAGAAGAAUAGUAGUUAUCGUUCGGGUAAUAGAUAUGAUUAGUUCAUAUGUUACAAAAAUAUUAGUUCACAUGUAAAAUCAAAAGAAGGAAUUACAUUGUGAAUAGAUCACAUAAUUAUUAUCAAUAUUCAAUACUAUUAUUUCGUGAACGAUUAAUAGGUUGUGUCACCCUCAGGAAAUUUUUGAGACCAAAAACCAUUAUUAUAAGUUUACUUCAAAUAUCAGUUUAAAUUGUGAAAUUCGUCAGUCGUCGAACUACUGAUCACAGUGGUUAUAUAAAUACUCACAAGUUAAAUGAAUUCAUUAUCUCUUAUUGUGAAUUUCGAGCCAUAUUAUAUGUUGAACGUUAAAGAUUUGCACUUAAUUGAAAUUUCCUUUCAUUAAUUAUUCAUAGACCAAAUUCUCUGGCGCCAAUAAUGUACACUAACUUAAUAACAGACAUUGAAUCAUCGUACAGACAGGACGGUUCAUGGCCAUGUGAUUUCUGCCAGUUUUAUCACAACUGUUCUUCUCGGGAUUCUUACAAUUAUAAGUUCUGUUGAAUAUACAACUCCAUAUAGUACAACUUCUUCUUUUCUUUAGAGACAGAUAUUUUUUCCCGUCUGAAAACUUACGCAUAAUUAAACUAAAAGCUUACAACAUUAGAAACUAGAAACUAAACACAUAAUGUUGGAUGAAAAUCUCCGAAAGCAAGACAAGGAUGUCAAUAACAUACCACCCACAACAAAGACGAAAAGUCCAAACCUUCAACCACCAAAAAAGCCGGAGAAUGCAAGAGAUCACGGAAUCUCUAAACAAACAAAAGACAACGAGAGAGCCUUUAACCUGAGAUAAAGCUAUUAAAUCGCAAAACACUAAAGAUCCCUUAGACCAAAAACUCGAUAAAAACAAAAUUGAGAAUCAGCGCAUAAAGCGGAAAUAUUAUGCCAUAGUUAAGGCAGUCAGACCAACUCUCAUACGAGCUCUUGGCGGUUCAUUCAUCUGAUCGUAGACUAGAGCUACUUUGGAUACCGCUGUAUUUCCAACCAGCCAACCCAUAUUACUGGUGUUUUCACUCCCCACCAUAACAAAAUGUUUCUGAAAUUGGUUUAGGACAAAUUUCAGUGCUUGACCUUAAUUAGAGCAUCAGAUGACUAUUUAUAUAGAUGAUCUCUUCAAGUCAAAUUACAACUUUUACCCACAACAGAGGAACCGUCCCCACCAGGCAGGCGGCCACAGGUCAUAACACCUGUCACCAUCAGUCAAUUCACAUCAAUUUAAGCAGGCGUUCCUCGAAGCGGAAGUUAGGCAACAAGAAAAAAGGCGAGUUGAUCAAAUGGUUUCAUGUUUUUUCAUCGAUUGGUUAUUCCUCUCUGUUCGUAUCUCUUUUUCCAAUUUCGGUCUCGAUUAGUUUACAAGAUUAAGUGGCCAGUUCGGUUCUUUCACAAACGAAGUUCAGAAUCAACAAGGGUUUGUACAACGAAGGGAGUGUACAAAUGAUUUUUAAAACCAUUUUCUUGUUUGUAACGAAGGAGAGAUAAAAUUGAGUUUUUCACGAAAUUCGAGAAAAAAAUAACUUUUUUCUUAUAGAGGUGUUCCAAAAAUGUCUACAAUCUAGUAAAUGUCAGGCUAGACUGAUUUCAGACUUAUGGGGGGGGGGAUGGGAUGCGAAGCAAUAGGUCGAAUUACUAUAUAAAGAUAAAGAAUAAGAGCUAUUUAUGUGGUCUCACUUUACCACCAUCUGAAAUGCGCGAAACAUCGAUUGAGAACCAGCUAGCUCUGGGUUCGAGUGGUAUUUCAAUCAGAGAGAGCCGGUUGUGUACCUCUGUCUCGAGGGACCAACAUGGAUUUGGAUUUCGGAACUGAGGGAUAGAGAUCCACCAAACAGUUAAGAAUAGCUUAAACAGAGGUUACGACGAGGGGUUCCAGUCUUGCGACCGUACUCCCUAGGCGGAGUGUUUAAUGCUCAGUUUCCGGUCCCCAAACCGUUAAAAAGCAAAACCAGUGAACUACACUUGCUUCUGGAUAGAUGUGUGGGACAGAAGUAUACCUGACAAAGCGGGAGGUGUAGCCGCGGGUGGGUCUUGCAGUCAAGCUCCUUUCUGCCUUUGCACUCGAGGGCCAAUUUAUAUUCGGAUCUAUUUGAAGUUUUGAACGACGAAACUAUUGGUCUUUUUAAUUUCUUAUGAGACAAAUGUAUUUAACCCAGUUUAAAUUCAAACUUUAUAACCUGACUACUCAAUACUUAGACCUUAUGCUACGAAUAUCCCUGGCAUUUAGGUAUUCGGUUCAGUUUUGGGUAGGAACCAUUCAGUUCCGGGUAUAUCGGAUAAAUCAUUUUUAUACCCAAUAGGUAUUUAUGAGAUUUCGAUUCGGUUUUUGUUUGGUUACGGGUACCCGUUUAAUAUAUGAACAAAUGAAUAAAUAUAUAUAUAUAUAUAUAUGUGUGUGUGUGUGUGUGGUGUGUAUAUACAAUAUAUAUUAGUUAACAUGUUAAUCUAAGUGGUCUAGUGGUUACACAUUUGCAUAUUCGUCAAUACAACCAGAGUUCGAGGUACUAAGGUGUUAUUUUCAUAAGUAUUUAUUGCAUUCUAAUACAGAAGUACCAUAUAUAUAUAUAUAUAUAUCUAUAUAUAUAUAAUACUAUAAUAUAAGAGAGUACAUAAAAGCUAACGUGGUAUUGUAGUAACAAUAUUUUCAUUCUUUCUGUUCAAUUUGGGUUCGAGUGGGGUUGAUAACAUUUUAUCUUAUAUCAAAAAAGCUGAAACUUAUUUUUUUGGAUAUUCAGGUAUCCGUUCGGUUCUUGGUUCAGUUCCGUUCGGGUUCGGUUAUUCGGAUAUAGAAAUAUAAGAAGCAUUCGGAUAUUUGAGGGCUUCAAUCUGGUUUCGGUUUUAGGUAAUUCGGUUCAGCUCCGGUUCAAUUUUUCGAUCUGGUUUUUUUUGCCAAGGGAUAGCUACGAAGAAAGAAAACUUAUACUAUUAAGCUACCUAGUCAGAAGAUAAAACAGCAUUAACUAUUUGUUCCUUGUCACUGCAGUGGAACUUGGUUGUUACGCAUGGAACCAUCAAGGAAGUGCCAUAGCCAUAAUAGACGUUCCUACUCGGUUGUGUGUUGUUGGCUCUGCUUUAGAAUCAGAACUCUUGAGUGAAACUGUGAAAGCACUAGUAACUUACGCGAACCUCGAGUUGUGUUUCAAUCAGAGUACCACACCAAACAUAUAAAGCAAUAUCAUCACAACCUCACAUGCUUCAUUUGUUCUGUUCUAUCCUAGUCCAGAUCUUACAGUUCAUGAAGAAAUCUGAAAAAUGGAGGUUUGAAGUGAUAUCUUUAGAAGCAUCUAGUAGAUAUUAGAAAAUAUCUCUGAUAAUUAAAAAAGACUGCUUUGAUAUGACGAAGAAAGAAUCUUCCCAAGCUUUUAUCCCACAUGAGUCCAAUUUCAUUGCCAAUUUUGUAAUCUUUUGCUUUAGCGAUAUUACUCCAUCAUGCCUUAAAUAUGUAUUUCGUUUUCUUGAUUAAUUUUAUUGUGUAAUCAUCAGCUUCAUGACCUUCCUACAGAAUAUGAAUUUUCACUUCAGCACCCUUUGAUGAUCCCAAAUUCUGGACCGUAACAUUCUCAAUAUCCGGCAUCAUAGAAAACCUUCAAAAUUUUCUUUGAUAGAAUUAACGGACCACAAUAGCGGAGAUCACGGUUAAAUUUUUGUAACGCCCCGAGGCUAAUGGACCAUCCACGCCUGUUCACUCGGUCUGUGGGCUCUAUUUUUUCUAACGGACGGUGCGUUAAUUUUCCAAGGUCUGAAAGACUUGUUUACUGACCCUGCAAUCACCAUACGACUUUUUCCCGUGCUUUGACCUCCUUCGUACAGUAUCGCGAAUCACUUCCCGAUAGGUCAUUCAUUUUUCCACUACUCCACUUCAAGCAUGUUUAAUCCUGAAGUUCUAAACGGAUGUGUGACGGAAAAGGUAAGUCAACUUUGGUGAUAUAAGUAGUCAAAUCAAUUCUCUUAAACCUUUCUAUAUAUCACAACUGAGGAUAUUACAAUUCAUCCCUUCUCAAAGAACGCAAUAUUUUCGGUGCGCCCCACGACAUGUUUCAAGACGCCUCUCGGAUCAGAACCGAGAUGGCUAACUAGCUCUGAUAUCACUUGUACUCCCUGAUCGUCCACGGCUAAUGGGCCACUCACGCCCGUUCUAUCGCCCGUGGGCUCUAUCCCAUCUGACGAGCGAUGCGUUAAUUUUCCAAGGACCGAAAGACUUUUUUAACGAUCAUGCAAUCACCACAUGACUUUUUUUCGUGUUUUGGUCUCACUCACACGAUAUCGCGAAUCACUUCCCGAUAGGUCAUGCAUCCUUCCACUACUCCAGCUCAAACACGCUUAACCCUGAAGUUCUAAACAGAUGUGUAACGGAAAAAGUAAGUCAAUUUUGGUGACAUAAGUAGCCAAAUCAAUUCUAUUAAAUAUUUUCAUAUAUCAUAAUUUGGGAUGUUAGCUUGAGCCAUAUUCUUGGUAGUCAUAAGGAUAUUUAAAAACAAAACUGAGAAUGAUGUUAUAAAAUAUUGAUC